AUUGGAUGUUGUAAGUAUGUGAAUUAAAUCAAUUGUUAAAUAAGUAAAUUUGUGAUGUCACUUUCACAUGCUAAUGUCCAACAACCUACUAGUUUCCGUGUUUAACACAAAUAGAUUAAUGUGACAAGAAUGCGGAGUAAAUCAUCCUCAUCAUCACUGCAAUCAGAACGCCUUUCAACUGUUCAUCAGCAUCUUUGUCAUCAUAAUCGUCGGCAACACCUUGUUCGAUUGCCCUACUGUAUUCUGCUCGUAGCACUGUUUUUAUCUCUGUACUUUUUGUCUACAUCACUAAUUAUGGAUGAUAACCUUCUUGCCAAACAUCAGUCGGCUAAAGAUCUAACCCAACAAUUAUUCAACAUAUUUGCAGUUGGAACAAUUCUCCUUGCAAUGGUGAUUGAUGUAAUACAAUUCUUCGCAACUUCCGAAAGUCAAAAAUUAUUCACAAAAUUCAUGUUCUGUCUUAUAAUUAUCAGCUUUGUUUUAGCAAUUAUUUCUGCUACACUGGCAAAUACAAAUUCACAUAUCUUUGGAUCGAAACAAAUACCUCAUCCAUCAACAUGCUUGUUAGCUGGCAGUGCAAUAAUCUUUUUGACCUUUUUAAUCGCAAUCAUUCCGUGUCUUGAACAAUGAAUUCAUAUUUUAUAUUAAUAAUAAUAAUUGUAAUUGUUUUACAAUCUGUGACACAAUAUACAUCAAUCAAACGAAUGAUUCUGAUUGUUUUAUACGCUCAAAAUACACACCCAAACACACACACACACACCUACACACUCACUAAAGAAACUGCAUGAGCAAAAUUCAUUCAUCUGGAUUGUUGUUGCUGUUUCACGAAAAUACACUAAUCCAUACUACUGAAGUCAGUAUUAUAACUGUCACCUAAUUCCAAGGAGGUGGUGUAGAAAGGACGGAUUUCUCAUCAUCUAAGAGUCAACCUUGUAACAGGUAAUUAAUAAUGCAACACGAUAAGGACUCAAA